CAGUUUCAGAUUUCCUUCAUCGCAACGUUCCUCCUCUCUCCUCCUUAUCUCUUCUCCUCUCACAAAAAAUGGCCACUCUAACACUCACCGGGUUGUUAAAACGGGUCGCCGGAGAAUUCCCUAACCGUCGAGCCGUCUCUGUUUCUGGAAAAUUAGAUUUAACUCACGCUCGUCUCCAUGAAAUCAUCGAACGUGCCGCUUCUCGCCUUGUUGCCUCUGGAAUUAAACCUGGAGAUGUUGUUGCACUCACGUUUCCCAACACUGUUGAGUUUGUGAUAAUGUUUUUGGCCGUGAUACGGGCCCGCGCCACGGCAGCGCCGUUAAAUGCAGCCUACACUACGGAGGAGUUUGAGUUUUAUUUAUCAGACUCGGAGUCCAAGCUAUUAUUAACCGCACAGGAAGGAAACAGUUCUGCUCAAGCCGCAGCUUCCAAGCUUAAAAUCCCUCACGCCACCGCCACACUCAGCGGAGCAGAUUCUGAACUCAAUCUUUCCCCCAGUCCAACUGAGUCAGACGACCCCAAUUUGAUCAGCCAGCUCAUUAACGACCCAUCUGAUAUGGCUCUGUUUUUGCACACGUCAGGCACCACAAGCCGGCCCAAAGGGGUGCCACUGACUCAGCUCAAUUUGGCUUCUUCGGUUAACAACAUUAAAUCGGUGUACAAACUCACCGAAUCAGACUCGACGGUGAUAGUCUUGCCGUUGUUCCAUGUUCACGGGUUGUUAGCCGGGUUAUUGAGCUCGCUCGCGGCCGGAGCAUCUGUGGCUUUACCAUCUGCGGGCCGAUUUUCGGCUUCAACAUUUUGGAAAGACAUGGACAAAUACAACGCCACAUGGUAUACCGCUGUCCCUACUAUACACCAAAUAAUUUUGGAUCGGCAUCUUAGCAACCCAGAAUCGGUUUACCCAAAGCUUCGGUUCAUUAGGAGUUGUAGCGCCUCGCUUGCCCCGGCUAUAUUAGCUAGACUCGAGGAGGCAUUCAAUACGCCGGUCUUGGAGGCCUACGCGAUGACGGAGGCGACCCAUUUGAUGUGUUCGAAUCCAUUACCGGAAGAUGGGCCACAUAAGGCGGGGUCGGUUGGCAAACCGGUCGGUCAAGAAAUGGCUAUAUUGAACGAGAAUGGGGUGAUUCAAGAUGCUAAUGUUAGUGGCGAGGUGUGCCUUAGAGGUCCAAAUGUGACAAAGGGCUAUAAACACAAUCCGGAGGCUAAUAAGGUUGCCUUUCAGUUCGGGUGGUUUCAUACGGGUGAUCUAGGUUAUUUCGACUCGGAUGGUUAUUUGCAUCUUGUGGGGAGGAUUAAGGAGCUUAUUAAUCGUGGAGGGGAGAAAAUAUCACCAGUUGAAGUGGAUGCAGUGCUUCUAUCUCAUCCUGACAUUGCUCAAGCAGUUGCUUUCGGAGUUCCCGAUGACAAAUAUGGCGAAGAGAUAAAUUGCGCCAUAAUUCCUAGAGAUGGAACAGACAUUGACGAGGAGGAGGUGCUGAGGUUUUGCAAGAAGAACCUCGCAGCUUUCAAGGUCCCAAAGAAGGUCUUCCUUACAGACUCCCUUCCAGAGACAGCCAGUGGGAAAAUCCAACGAAGGAUUGUAUCAGAACACUUCCUCGCUCAAAUUUCAACUGCUAGUGUCCCCAAGUUUGGUGCCUAAAUACUGUCAUUUAUUUGCUCUACUCCAAAAUAAGUUAUGAGGUAGACAGAUAGAUUGGAGCAAUUCAUCUUUUGCAAAUGAGAAUGAGGUAGUGGGGAAUAAACACGUACGUUAUUUUCGUUUUCGGAAAGUAAUAACUCUCCUAAUUAUUUUGUUGCUGACAGUUGAUCUGUAGCUUCAACGCGCAAAUCUACCUAUUAUGUGAGCAUACAUGAUGCACACCUUAAUUAACGAGUUGUUUUCUUGAUGAAUAUUACAUGUAUAUUUGGUGA